AGCAUUCAAAUAGGUGAUAUUAUUCCAGACGCAACACUUCAAUAUGUUCCUUAUGAUCCUCAACAAGAUCUUAAAGCAUGUCCUCAUCCCUUUAAAAUCCAUGACGAACUUAAGGAUAAAAAAGCAAUCAUCUUUGCUAUUCCCGGUCCUUUUACUCCUGCUUGUUCAGAAACCCAUGUACCUGGAUUCUUAAAUGCCCAUGCUGCUCUAAAGUCAAAGGGAGUUGAUAAGAUCAUUUGCAUUUCAGUCACCGAUGGAUUUGUCAUGAAUGCAUUUGCAAAGACAUUCCAUACGAGUGAUGUCAUUAUGGCUGGAGAUGGAAGUGCUUUUUUCUCUUCAGCAUUAGGUUUAACUCAAGACUUGACCAAGAUGGGCAUGGGCAUUCGCUCUAAGCGAUUUGCUAUUGUGGUUGAUAAUUUAGUCGUCAAAUAUAUUGGUGUUGAAAAGCAGCCUGGUGUAACUAGUUCAGGAGCAGAUGCUGUAUUGGCCAAACUAUAACAGUAAUAAUAAUCAUUUUAAUUAAAUAAGAAUAAGAAUAAUAAAAAUUUAAGAAAAGAAGCCAGUU